AUGGAGAUAGGGGGAAAAAUCACGAGACAAUCGUUCUCCUUUUCUCCCAAAAAAGUUGCCCUAGCCGCACAAGAACAAAACUCAGAUCUAGCCCUUUCCGGUGGCCGGCCUUCAUUGGCGAUGCGGCGCUUGGUUCUAGACAAAGAGGGCUCUCUGGAUUUCUUCGUCUUCAGUAUACCGGAUCUGUGUGAUUUGGUAUCAGUGAGUAGCGUGGUCCUUCGGAUUCGGCUGAUGUUGUCCUGGCCGGUUGCGGAGGAGGUCGGUUCUGGUGACAAGCCUGUGGAGUUUCCGGCGUAUGUUGGCUGGAGAUUUGGUUGGUUGGGGUUCUUGAUGCUUUUGGCUUCUCGGUGUCCUUGGCCCUGA